CAUGUAAUCAACUCAAACUAUCACACCGGGUGCUGGAAUACGAGUGACAGAUUCCGCUCGGUCUCUAUUCAUUAUCAAGCGAUUAUAUUAAGAAUGUUAUAACUAAGCAUUAAGAAGUAUUUUUGUAGAGAUUAUAGAUCCAGUGGUAUAUUUGUAAACUACUUUCAAAGUCGUAAAAUAUAUUACUUCCGACCGCAAGUUUGGUUUACGGCAACACAUUUUUGUGACUUGUUCCUAAUCAAUAGCGGAUUGCUUUUACAAUCACUCUCAACCCGAAAUAAAUCACAAUGAAUAUCAGAUGUGCAAGACCUGAAGAUUUAAUGAAUAUGCAGCAUUGUAAUUUACUUUGCCUACCAGAAAAUUAUCAAAUGAAAUAUUAUUUUUACCAUGGACUAUCCUGGCCUCAAUUAUCUUAUGUUGGAGAGGCAUCCAAUGGUAAAAUUGUUGGCUAUGUAUUGGCUAAGAUGGAAGAGGAUCCAGAGGAUGCAAUACCCCAUGGACACAUUACUUCAUUAGCAGUCAAGCGAAGCUAUCGGCGAUUAGGAUUAGCUCAAAAACUUAUGGACCAGGCAUCAAGGGCAAUGGUGGAAUGUUUUAAGGCAGAAUAUGUGUCACUUCAUGUGAGGAAAAGUAACAGAGCGGCAUUACAUUUAUAUACAAACACUCUGAAAUUUGAAAUAAGUGAAAUUGAACCCAAGUAUUAUGCUGAUGGUGAAGAUGCCUAUGCCAUGAAAAGAAAAUUACCAAAAAGUUAUUCUGAUGAAAUAGAAUGUUCUACAGAAACAGUGGCUGGUGGUCUUGAGCAUUUGGAGAUUGAACCACCAGCAAAAGUCUUAUAUGCUGAAAAUGCUGCAUGAAAUAUAUAAUAUAUAUAAUAUUGAACAACUCUCUAGUGGACUAUUGAAUUCCAGUGAUUUCAAAUCUUCAAUUGAUUACUUUGUAGAAUCUUGUGAAUGCUCGAAUUUGAAUGACAAAAUUAAUUACGGUACCUUCAAAAAUGUUAAUGGCAAAUUAAUUAGUACCAUCGAAUAUGUUAAAAAUCAUAAGCAUUGUUCAUUUUAUUGAGGCACAGAAGCUUGUGUUAUUUCAGCAGUUUUCUUUAAUUACUCCUAGACUUAUGGCACUUUUUCAUAUUGCAUAACCUUGUGAUCUUUACUUAAUGCAAUAAUGGAGUUAAAUGGCUAAUAUUUGGGACCUAGAAAUUGACACAAGUGGGUCGCAACACAUAAUAAUGUAAUAUGAAUGUAUAUAAACUGAUUUACAUUCAAUCGUUUCUGUUUUUACUGUAAUUUCUAAUCAGUUAUGUUCGACGAAGUACGCCAGAUGUCUCAAUCACAAGGCAAUCUCUAGCGUCUGGUUAUUCCAGUCUACAUUGAUAGUAUUUAUUGUGCAUGCUCGUCAGAUAAGAAUAUGGCGUCACCGUUUGAAAUGACUUGUGGAAUAUGUCUAACCUCGUUCUAAGAGUCCCUUGUUACAAUACAUGUAGUAAAAUUAGACAUUUAUUUUGUCUUAAAUAUUGGAUAUCAAAAGUCCAUCUUUUCCGGAUAAGAUCACACAAUCAAUGUGGAUUUGAAUUGACAAAUAUUUUCUGUUUUCAAUGUUGGAAGACUUUGGAUGAUAUUACGGUCCAGUUGAAAUUCAUAUAUAUAUGCAUUGUUCAGUUUUAUGGAACAAGUCAGCUUAUCUCUACAAUUUCCAUUAAUUACGUUUACUUCUAUUGAAGUUGCUUACUUUGUAAAAUUGUAAACAUUUAAACAGCUAAAGUCAUCAUUGAUCAUUUCAAUUACUGUAUAAUGAAAACAAUUAAAGGCUACAACAAUAUUUGAAUAUUA